GUCCAGGGAACUCAGCGUAAAAUCUUGCUAUAAUGUCCCGCACCAUCUGCGUGGAAAACUUAAAAGCAUGCUGCGUGCCGAGGGGCGCGAUCGGGCGAGCAAGCUGGAGCAGAUGGACUCAAGCCCCAAAGCACACCUGAGACUAUUUUUGUAGCUGAAUGGGUGACAAACCUUCAAUCGCUUCACAUACUCAACGCAUUGUGCAGGACAGGGUCCCCCAGCCUGGUUGCAGGGAUGUACCAGGAGGUGGCCUUCUUGGCAGGCAGCACUGACCACCAGUUCACAACCUUCCGCUUCAACCGUGUAGAAAAUCCACAGGAGGUCACGUCCAAAAAGGGUUUGUUCUACAAAAGAGCCCAGGUUCUGCUCCAACCUCAGCCCAACCAGCAGGAUGGAGAUGGAUCAGGCCUGGCUGACAGGGCAGCCAUAAUAAAUGUGGGGGGGAUCAAGUAUCACAUCCCCUGGUCCACACUGGAUGAGUUCCCAUUGACACGACUGGGCAAGCUGCGCAGCUGCAGCAACGAAGCCGAGAUCAUGGACGUGUGUGACGACUAUGACGGCAGUCGCAACGAGUACUUUUUCGACCGAAACCCAUCUGCUUUUCGCAUCAUUGUGACUUUCCUGGCAGCGGGGAAGCUGAGGCUGCUGAGGGAGAUGUGUGCAUUGUCCUUCCAGGAGGAGCUUCUAUACUGGGGCCUAGAGGAUAACAACCUUGAAUGGUGUUGCCUUAGGAAGCUGCGUCUGAGGCAGGAGGAGUACAAGGAGCAGCAAAGGCUAGAGGAGGAGGAGGCUGAGCUCACCUCACCACAGUCCUGCGAGGAGAGCCAACAGCCUCCAGGAGGACUGGAGGAGACCCUCUCAGGGGGUUGCAUGCGAAGGCUGAGGGACAUGGUGGAGAACCCGCACUCGGGCCUGCCCGGCAAAAUCUUUGCUUGUCUGUCUGUGCUGUUUGUAGCCAUCACUGCUGUAACGUUGUGUGUCAGCACCAUGCCUGACCUCAGAGCAGAGGAGGAGAGGGGUGAGUGCUCCCAGAAGUGCUAUAACAUCUUCGUUCUGGAAACGGUCUGCGUCGCCUGGUUCUCCCUGGAGUUCCUGCUGCGCUUCAUUCAGACUCAGAGCAAGUGCAUGUUCCUGCGUACGCCGCUGAACGUCAUCGACGUGGUGGCCAUCCUUCCCUACUACAUCACCCUCGUUGCGGACUCUCUCUCGGUGGGAGGGAAGCCUGCAGGCUCAGGGAACAACUACCUGGAGAAGGUGGGUUUGGUUCUACGAGUUCUCCGAGCCUUACGGAUCUUCUAUGUGAUGAGGUUGGCUCGCCACUCCCUGGGUCUGCAGACGCUCGGCCUGACGGUGAAGAGGUGCACGCGUGAGUUUGGCCUGCUGCUGCUCUUCCUCUGCGUGGCCAUGGCUCUCUUCUCCCCACUGGUGUUCCUCGCUGAGAGUGAAAUGGGCGCCAAGCAGGAAUUCACCAGCAUCCCCGGCAGCUACUGGUGGGCUGUCAUCUCCAUGACGACGGUUGGUUACGGUGACAUGGUUCCUAGGAGCAUCCCGGGUCAGGUGGUAGCGCUCAGCAGCAUCCUGAGCGGCAUCCUCCUCAUGGCCUUCCCCGUCACCUCCAUCUUUCAUACCUUCUCCAGGUCCUACGUGGAGCUGAAGGAGGAGCAGAACCGAGCGCUGAGGCAGAAGCCAGACUCGCAGGACAGCACCAAGUCGCAGAACAGCGAGGACUCUCAGGAGACGGACAGCUACCAUGGCACCGCAGAGGCCACGGCGGCGGCGGUGCAGAGGAGGAAGUCCAUGGCUGCUCCGAGGGCUGCUGAGAUUAGAGCAUCCAUGCGCACUUAAGCUUUCCAUCUGAGAUCAAGUAACAUUCUGGGAAGGCUGUGAUGCCCAUGCUGAAAAUUAAAGAUGACAAGCUGCAGAACUAUGAGGGAAGAGGAGAUUUUCUACUCUGGAACUCUUUGAUUGUGUGACAUGUCUGUGCAUCAGACUGUAUCCGAGGAUCGCUACUUUUACAAAGGAGCAGCAAAAAUCUUUUCUUUUCUUUGCACCAAUUUUACUUCAAAAUUCGAGAAACAGCACAAUAUUGCUGAUUAAACACCUUUAGCAACAUAAGACUGAAUGCCGGGAAAUUUGUGAAAAGGAAAUCUAACACUAUAGCAUCACAUUCUGUUCUUCAGAGCUUGGACUAUAAUGCACAAUGCGUUUUACUCUGAAAUAAAGGCGUUUGCUAAUUCAUCAAACAUGCAUUAUAUGAAGAUAUAUACAGCAGAAACCAGAUAUGCACAUACACUGUAUAAAAAUACACUGUUUUUCUCACUAACACUAAAUCAGAAAAACAUUUCCUUUUUUAGGUCAGUUAGGAUUACCAAAAUGAUUAGUUUACUAAAUGUUUAGAAGUUCACAUAUACUCAGAGUUUUGGAAAGCUGAGAUGAUGAUGUCAUCAGCCUUGUAAGGUAUUUGAGGAGACAGUUAUAGAUGACUGUGUACCAGAGAUGAAUGUGUUGUGUUGCAAAAUGUCCGUAUCAUCAAAAGCAAAAGACAUUGGAAAGAUGCUGGCCAGUUGGCAAGGAAGAAGCCAAAACAAAAAACAACAUAAAAAAGGGAGAUUACAGUUCACUCAGGGACAAAGAUUUUAAGCUUUGGAGACAUGUCAUAUGGUCUUAUAAAACAGAAAUUGAAGUGUCUGGCCAUACUGAUCGUUGUUACAUUUGAAAGAGAGAGGGAGAAGCUUUCAAGCCAGAAAACAACAUCCCAUCUGGGAAGUAUGGGUGUCACAGCAUCAUGUUGUGUGGGUGUUUUGCUACAAGAGGGACUGGUGCACUUCUAAAAUAUAUGGCAUCAUGGGGAAAGAACAUUAUGUGGAAUUAAUUCUCGAGAAAUCAGGCAUGAAGUUAAAGCUUGGGCACAAAUUGGUCAAAAAAGACAAUGUCCCAAAGCCUACCACCAAGCGGCUUAAAGAGUAAGAAUUCAAUGUUUUUUUUGUGGCCACCACAAAAAAUUAUGUCAGUCACAUACAAAAUUUGUGGGGAGAUCUGAAAAGAUGUGUUUGAGCAUGGCUGCCUACAAAUCUGACUCAGGCACUGUUUACAACGAUCCAUUGAAAAGGGUGAUUUUUUUUCUGUUUCUGUUAACAUGUCUACAUGACAACGUUUUAAUUACAAUCUCGGUGCACAUGGCAACAGUAGUGUAAAUAGUGCAAUUUGCCCGCCACGCUAAUAGUUGGUGGUAUGUUCUUUUAAACUCAAUGACAUGCGCAAACACUUCCUCCUUACAAAACAGGGAAGAAGAUUUGUUGGAGAACCAUCAUUAUAUUCAAAACAGCCAGCAGCACAAGCAGGUACCCUACAAUUUGCCAUUGUUAUUGUUGAUUUCUUUGUCUCCUGUGGGUUUUAAACUGGUCAGCAGCUGUUAUGUUGUGCACGUAUACAUUCAGUCAGUCAGUCAUUUUCUAUACCGCUUCUUCCAUAGUGGGUCGCGGGGAAGCCGUUACUUAUCUCCAGCAGUCUAUGAGCGGGAGGCGGGGUACAACCUGGACAGGUCACCAGUCCAUC